AAUUGCACUUAGGUAUACCGACAGUGGUCAAGCCAAUCCGCUGCUUGUGUUAGUCUUUGCAUCAUGGCGGCGCCCGAAAAUGCCGAAAACGUGUUUGACGUGAUUAUCGGGACGUACGAGGAGUUUCUCCUCGGGUACGCUCUGCACAAAGGCAGGGAUGGACAGUUCAGCCUGCAGCAGUUCUUCACAAACCACUCGCACCUCGGAUCCGUGCGAUGCGUGACUGCCGGCGGCAAGUUCGUCGCGUCCGGUAGCGUCGACGAGACGGUCCGCUUGUUCAACAUGCGAAGUCGCAGCGAAAUGGGCUCGCUCAUGCAGCACGAAGGCACCGUAAACAGUCUGCAGAUGUACAAGUCGAGCCACUUGUUCAGCGCCAGCGACGACACCACCGUGUGCGUCUGGAGCACGGGCAGUUGGCAGUGCUUGAAGACCCUACGCGGUCACAAGGGCGAGGUGCUGUCGCUCGCCGUCCACCCGAGUGGUAAGCUGCUGCUCUCGGUCUCCAAGGACAAGACGCUGCGGACGUGGAACCUGGUGAAGGGACGCAACGCGUACGUCACAAACAUCAAGGCCGUGGCCGAAUUCGUCCAGUGGUCGUCGCCCGACGGCGUGUACUUCGUCGUCGGCGUCGGAAACAGGCUCGACGUUUACAGCACCGAGAAGGCCGGCAAGGUGCACUCGAUCGACUUCGGCAAGCGCGUGGGCGCCGUGGCGUUCCUCUCGGACGACGUAGUCAUGCUCGCGGGCGAGGGCGGCAACGUCGAGGUGCACAACGUCAGGCGCAAGUGCGUCUACCAGAUGUUCGCGGCGCACGCCAGCAGCCGAGUCAAGGCUAUGCAGAUCGUCAGAGUGCCAUCGGCCGACGACGGAACAUUCCUGGUGACCGCCGGCAGCGACGGCUCGGUCAGGGUGUGGAGCGUCGACUUGGAGAACUUGGACGCCAGUCCGAGCUUGCUGUGCGAGGCGCGGUGCGGGUGCAGGAUCACCUGCAUGGCCGUCCACUCCGUCCACGAGGAGGACAGUGGGCCGAGAAAGGCGAAACGAAAGAAGAAAAGAAAGAACGUUGCGGCUGAGGGAAGUGAACAGGCAACCGGUGAUGUCGGCCACAAUGAUGAGUUGGUCGCAAAGAGCGAAGACAUCGAACAGCGCUUGGACACAAGCGGUGAUGAGCAGACUGGAGAGGCUAAGCAUGUUUCCUUUUCCGAAGAGGUAGAAACUAGCCAAUACGAAGUUGACGCAACUGAAAGUGAAGCAGAGAGAGACGAUAAUGACAACGGUAGCCUGGAUGGUGGUGCCAACGUUGAGAACGAAGCCGACGAUAGAGAGGCUGGGACACCUAAUCGGCGGUCACGGAAACGGAAAAAGAAGGCUGCCAAACAGACGUCUCCCACCGCUGAAUCCUCUGCAAAAAAGCAGGCUCUUGAUAAAGCACACUCCAAGACAACGCCCAAGAGGAAAAAGAGGAAGAGUAAUAAUAAACCAUAGGUUUUUUUUCUAAAAGUA